AAUGGCUGAAAAUAUAAAAAAAUGUCACAUAUCAUAUUUAAGAUUUAAAUACAUAAUUUCUCAUAAAUAUGGAUUAAAUGAAGAACAACUUGUAUAUUGUAUAUAAUUCGCUUGGAAACAUUGGACUUUUUCAAUUUGGUCUUGUAAGAUGCCAAUCAAAUGCCAAAAAUCAAUUAAUGAAUGCAACAGCACACCUAUGUAGUUUUAUGUGACAACAUUUUUAUUCACAAUGUCAAACGUCAAUGUUCAAUAACUGACAAUAAAAUAGGCGCCAAUCAUUGCAUUAUUACAAAAUUUAAAUGACCUUUUUUCUUAAAAUUAUGAAUAACGCAUUAAGUAACAAUAAUACUUUUAAUAAGCGUGAAUAAAGUACAACUAGUAUUGGUUAAUAAUUAAUUUCAAGAUGGAUAAUUCGCAAAGUUCUGAAAUUUUCUCUGAAACUAGUGUUCACUUUCGCGAUAUUUCUACAAUUGAUAUUGAAUCUUACGAAGCCCUCGUUUCAAAAAUUAAGAAAGAUGUAAAAUAUCAGAUCGAUGAAAAAAGUUUCAAUAACUUCCCCUCUUUUCUAGAUGAGUGUAGUAACUGUGUUUUUCAGGGUUUUCAUAUUAUUACUUACUUACUCGAAGAUUCUGCUUCAUCUGUUGCUAAACUCUGUCUAUAUUUGGAAGAAACUGUGUUUAUCCUCCAAAUAGUAUCAAAUUUAAUUAAAACCAUAAUAGAAUCAAUCGCUAUGACCUGUUGUGCCAUGAGAACAUUUUCAACAACAACUGGAAAUAUUAUACUUUCAGUUUUCUCUCAUUGUAAAGAAAGCGAGUGUAUAUAUGGAAAUCAUAUAAGAAUGUUUGAGAAGCAGUUGAAGGAUUUAUUUAGAAACUGUCAUGAACUACAAUUAACAUAUCUAAUGACUUUGGAGAAACAUUUCAUAUUUGAUAUGACUGAAAAGGACGAACAUGAUAUUUUUAUAGAGACUUUGAAUAUCAAUCUGAAGAUAGGUGAGUUAGUUCAGGCGUUGGAUGUUAAAACAAUGGCCGAACAGUGGAAAGCCUACACAAUGAUUUGUGAGAAAUAUUCAAAUUUCCUAUCAGAUGGAGAUAUUUAUACCAAAAGCACUAAAGUCUUAGUGGACAUUGUCAGGAAUAAUAUAAAAACCGCAGUCGAGGCGAACGAAGACAAAGUAGUAAUAAGAUCACUGAAAGUUGCAAGUUUUUCACUUAAAAUACUAUUGAGGAUAUGUAAAAUUUUUAAAGGUACAUCAAGGAAUAACUAUGAAGAUAUUGUUGAUGUACUCCAGGAAAUACUUCUGUACAACAGCAACUAUUACGCACUUAAUGAUAAGAUUAGAUCUGAAGUUUUAAAUGUUAUACAGACACAUUUAAUAGCACCAUCUCAGGCGAUUAUCACAUCACUGGUUACAGAAGAAUAUUUUAUUAAAUAUGUAAAUUCAAUACAAUUCAAAAAUAUGGAGGACUUGAAAAUCUUAAAAUACAUUCUACUGGUCACAGAAAUAAUGAACGCUGCGCCAACACAAACAAAUACAAGUGAAACUAGUUUGAACAUGAUCAAAAAUAUCAUCUCAAUUCUACCUCAAUGUCACAAAUAUUUAAAUAUGGGCUUAGAGUUUUCAUAUAAAAAUAAUGAGAAAAUGCAUGGCCUCUUUGAACAUUUGUUGAUAAAUUCUUUAAAAAGCUCGUAUUGUUUUAAUUCUCAAUGCUAUGUGCAUUUGGAAAAAAUGUUAAUAGAAGUUAUACUGGCCACGGAUUGUGUGAGUGCUGUGUUCUGCUCCAAUUUGUGGGUUUUAUUGUGCAGAUCUGGAAGCAGUCAACUUCAAUUAAAUACAUUACUAGGCCUCAUACAAUUAUAUCACAAGCUCCAAGGAAAUACAGUAUUUUCAUUCUCACCACAAAGCACUAAUUUAGCUUGUACUAUAGAAAAUUUAUUUAAGAUUCUACACUAUAAUGAAAAACUUCAAAUUUAUAAGCGUUAUAGUAUAUACGAUGAAAAAAGUUACGAUCUCUGGGCCGUACUGAAAAUAAGAAAUUUACCAGAAAAUCUACAAAUGUCAGCAAGGAAAGUUGUGAUACAGAAAAUAGUGAAUAUGACUGAAAUACACAGUGAACAUUUACAAACGGAGCAAAUAAAUGACUUGAUAAAGAUUAUGAAAGUGGCAUCAACAUGUGAAUUCUUAGAAUGUGAUUCAAGAGUUGAAAAUGUUUUAGUUGUGUCAUGGUGUAAAGUCUGCCCAAAAACGAACAACAUAAAACUGGAAAAGUAUCUCGAUGUGGGAUCUCUCUUGUAUUUUAGAUUUUUAACAGCCUUAGUGUCUUUGACUGAAUCCUAUCAUGAGAGAUUUUCUGAUAAAUCUCACAUAUUGAAGAUAGUACGCGUGAUAACUGAUUUGUUGAUGAUAGGGAAUAUUGAGACGAUAACAGCCCUGUGCAGAUUGUUUUGCAAGCUGGUCGCUGGACAAGGAAGAAGUCAAUAUGAUAUUAUUUUACAUACAUUUAAGUAUUUAUUUGAGAGCGAUGUCAAACAAUAUGUUUAUUCAGUCAUCACAUCGAAUGGGGAUUUUGAUAACUUCUUCACACGGAUGUUCCAUAAGGAAAAAGCGCUGCAAGAAGCAUGUAGUGAUAUCAAGAAAAUUAAAUCAAUACAUCGUAAUAAUUACGACUGGCAACAGAAACUACGAUCUGUAUCAGAAUACAGAUAUACACACAAAUGUAUUCAAAGUACCGAUGUAGCAAAAAUUACAACAAAAACAAGUGAAUGUGAUUUCGGUUCAGAAGAUUUCGAAAUGUCCUCCGACAACGAGAAUGAUCAUAGAGUGAACAAGAAAGCUAAGAUGGAUCCCAAUAUUGGUAAUAUUUUGGAAAGGUUGGAAUCUGACGUGUCGCAGUUGUGCCAAGUUAAGGAGAACAUAUUGAACGAACAGCACAAGACAAGGAUAAGAAGCGUUUGGGAAAAGUUAGGCAAUUUAACAUGACCUGUCGCACUGGUUAUAAAUAAAACAAUUCGUAAAUCA